AUGGGCAUCGGCACUUUAUUGUUAACGGCGGUGAUAGCCCUGAUAGGCUAUCUUUUCCUGCAAAUACGUCGAAAUAUGCAGCAUUGGCAAAACUUGGGCAUUCCAUGCGAAGAGCCCAAUUUUCUGAUGGGCAACUUGACGGGCGUCCGCAUUAAGCGAGCAUUCCCAGAUAUUUGGAUUUAUUAUUAUAACAAAUUCAGAGGAACGGGACCAUUUGCCGGAUUCUACUGGUUCCAACGUCCAGCCGCAUUUAUCUUGGAGCCUUUCUUGAUGAAGCAUAUCCUGAUCAAGGAUUUCAACAAGUUCACGGAUAGAGGCUUCUUUCAUAACCCCGAGGAUGAUCCGCUGUCUGGUCAGCUGUUUCUGCUAGAUGGUCACAAGUGGAGAUCUAUGAGAAACAAGCUAUCAUCAACCUUCACAUCCGGCAAAAUGAAGUUCAUGUUUCCGACGAUUGUAAAAAUUGGUCACGAGUUCGUAGACGUCUUCGGAGAAAUGACAGCCAAGUCUUCGAUUAUUGAGGUUAAGGAACUCAUGGCUCGAUUCACAACAGAUGUUAUCGGUACUUGUGCAUUUGGCAUUGAGUGCAGCAGUCUCAAGGAUCCGGAAGCGGAAUUCCGAGUAAUGGGUCGUAAGGCUUUAACCGAUCAACGUCACGGGGACCUGGGAAUGGCUUUUAUCAACAGUUUUCCGAAAUUGUCAAAACGCAUUCAUUUGAAGAUGACUCCAGAACAUAUUGAAAAGUUCUUCAUGCGCAUUGUAAGAGAAACUGUUGCCUACAGAGAGGAGAACAAUGUUCGACGCAACGAUUUCAUGGAUCAACUGAUUGACUUGAAAAACAAUCAAUUGAUGAAGUCCGAAACGGGUGAGAGUAUGAGUCUUACGAUUGAAGAAAUAGCUGCCCAGGCUUUCGUCUUCUUCGCCGCCGGAUUUGAAACAUCUUCCACCACCAUGGGAUUUGCUCUAUUUGAAUUGGCUCAGAACGAGGACAUACAAACCCGGUUAAGGGAGGAGUGCAAUGAGGUACUAGCCAGGUAUAAUGGAGAGCUAACUUAUGAAUGUAUCAAGGACAUGGAGUAUUUGAACCAGGUCAUAUCGGAAACCCUUCGGCUAUACACGGUUCUUCCAGUCCUUAACCGCGAAUGCCUAGAGGACUUUGUCGUACCAGGAUAUCCGAACUAUGUGAUCAAGAAGGGAAUGCCAGUGCUAAUACCCUGCGGCGCUAUGCACCGUGAUGAAAAGUUCUAUCCUGAACCAAAUCGAUUCAAUCCAGAUAAUUUUAAAGCCGAACGAGUGAAGAACCGUGACUCGGGGGAAUGGCUUCCCUUUGGGGAUGGGCCGCGCAAUUGCAUUGGAAUGAGAUUUGGCGAAAUGCAGGCUCGCAUCGGUCUUGCCAUGCUUAUCAAAAACUUUAAAUUUUCGGUAUGCGAUAAGACAAUUAUACCAAUUAAAAAUCACAAGGAGAGCUUCUUGAUAGCCAGCGAGUCAGGAAUAUACCUAAAGGUAGAGCGAGUUUAA